AUGCCUAUUUCGCACCACGAGGGAUGUGGGUGUAAGGACGCCGACGAGGUGUUGAGGGGUGGGGAGUUCCUGCUCAAAUAUAUGGACAUCGAAAAGGUCACUGCGCUGAAUGAGCAGGUGUCCGGGUCAUGCAGGAAAAUUCUGAAGCAAUAUGAUGACAGACUGUCCCCUGCAUACUGUGAGAGCGACGCGGACCAUGAGUUGAUAAUUAACAUUCCUUUCACUAGCCCGUGCAAGGUCGUCAGUCUGUUCCUCAUUGGAGGGGAAGAAGGAAGCUACCCGAAAAAGAUUAAAAUUUACUCCAACCGUGAGGACAUCGACUUUGAGAACAUUCACGACUUCAAGUGUGUACAGGAGCUGGACCUUACGGAGGACUACCACGGGUCGGUAGAGUACCCGCUAAAGGUGACCUCCCUGUUCAACGUGAGCCAUCUGACUCUCUACGUGUGCGAAAACUAUGGAGCGGAAAUAACCAAGAUAUAUUACUUAGGUCUGAAGGGCGUAGGGACGAACUACACGAGGAAGGCGGUCGAAGCGGUCUACGAAGCCUCCCCGAAUUUGUCCGAUCAUAAAGUGAAGGGUGCAGCAAGCAAGAUGCACUUCUCCUUCGACGCUUUCUAG